AAAUCACAUAUAAAAAGCUGCUGAAGAUUCACAGGAAUCACAGUCGAUCCAGUUCAGUUUAUCAUGCAGCCUAUUUUGCUAUUGGCUUUUGUUGCAGUGGCCAGUUGUGGCUCAUUGGGAUGGCGCACUGAAGGAAACUUUCAGUCACCAGAUUAUUUGUCUGCAUUGCAACGUGUUAAUCGGCUCACUCCCGCUCAGCAAUCUGCUCAACUGAUUGGCCGCGAAAUCCAGCAAACACAGAAUGUAAUUCAAGAAGGUUUAGGAUCAGACCGAGUCAUUAAAUCUGAUGCCGCCCAACAAGCUGCGCAUGAAGUGGUUCAACAAGCCCUGCUAGCUAGGCAAGGACAAACAGUUGAAGGCAUUCAGCAACUUGAGCAACAGCAAAGAAUUGCACCGCAAAACAUUGCCCAGCAGGUAACGACAAACGAAGCCAUCGACAAGCUGCAGAAACAGUUGGUGUUCCAACAAACUGUCGCUCCAGUGAUCGCAGCUACUUCUGAGUUGGGUAGAACUCUUGAAGCCGCCAUUGAGUCUCAACUGACUAUCGACAAUGUAAACACUCAGCAAUGGGGUCGAGGAAGACAGUCAGACCUUCAUUCCGGAGUAUUCCUUGCGAAAGUGGAACAACUUGUAGAUGAAAAUAUCAUCCAGGAAAUCCAAACCGAAAUUAGCAGACAACAAGGCCAGAUCAAGCAACUUCAGCAACAGAAAAUACUCCUUGACCAGCAAAAGCAAAAAAUCCAGGUCCAGCUUUCCAGUGUUCAAGAAGAUCAGGAAUCAAGAUUGCAAUUGCAAGAAGUCCAACAGCAACUUCAACGGCAAGAAGAAGAACUGGUCAACCAGCAGCUCGCCCGUCAAUUGGUCAUCCAGCAAUUGCAACAAGCGCUUUUUGAGCAACAACAGCAACUUCAACAAGAUAUUGUAGGUGAACUGCAAUCCCAGACCUGGUCAGACCGUGUAAAACGAUUUGAUCGAAGUGUCGGAAUUAACAGGUUCUUGACCCUAACACAGAGAGUUCCGUCCCAAUUCCGUCCAUAUGGUCUCUUUGAAAGUCAAAAGUCGAUCCCAUGGUCCAUCUAUGGAAAUUCCUGGUCCAGAUCGGGAACUUACUCUCCUAGAACUACCUGGGUGGCUUAAACAACCAACUUCAGACUUUGAAGAUUGAUAUGUGGAAUUGCUGACAAUUUAUUGAAAUAAACUUGCAAUACUA